AUGAGAGUGAGCUUUUUUUUUUUGGAUAAAGAAUACAAAAUGUUAGAAGGUGAAGAGCCGAUGGACUGUUCGGAGGAUAAAGAGCAGGAGAAGCCAAAACUGAAGCUAAUGGAUCUGCCAAUUAAUAUCCUACAAAGUAUCAUUUCCAAGGUGGACUGUCACCACCAGAAGUACCUCCGAAAUGUCUCCCAGGGCAUGCGUGAGCUUCACACUGACCACAUGCUGCGUCAUCACCAGAUCUUUGUGCGGGCUCAUCAGGCGAAAAGCGAGGAGAGUGAAGAGGCUCUUAGAGCAAGAACCAUGCUGGAGACUCUUGCGUAUGCCAUCAGUAUUUAUCGCAGCUUGGGUUUUGAAAACUAUUUCGUCAACAGCCUCAUGCACUUUUACGAAGAUCUGAAGGUGAAAUAUCGUGAAGCAGAUGGAGAUCCACAAUCCCAACAUAUGACUCGAUUCAUCAAACAGUUUCUGAACAGCUUGGAACGUCCAUACCUCCACGGGGUACCAGCCAACAAGACGCAGCAGUUUCACGAAUUGAGAUUACUCUACACCUUGUCAUUGUUUAAGAUUGUGCGGAAAUUCCGAGAGUUUCGUAUUACUAGCUGGCGCAUGAACCUCAUGCAUUGGCACCUCCAGAUCGAGGUGAGCAGUAUGUUUUUGGGAGUGAUUAUGCAACGGAGGAGUGAGCCUCCUAACCAGGUCAAGCGAAAUGACUUUAUGGCCAUGAUGGCGGAGCUACUAUAUUACGACACUCAGCGAAGGAGAUUCACCGGAUUCAAGGACGCUGGCAACGUUAUCUACACAUAUGGUUUGCGACCUGACCCUGCAACAAGGCACAGUUACAUGGUCCUCAAGUUCGUUGUCUUGGCCCCGAAGAGAAUCCUUCGGAUUUUGCAGAACGCCAUAACCGGAAAGUGUGAUACCCUUUCGCCCAAUAGUAUCCCCCCUUGCUCGGCAUUUAGUAUGCGUUUGGAGGCGUACUCUAAACCUGGUAAUCGUUUCAAUAGUUUACCGAUAAAAAUUUCAGUUUUGGAGACUACUGAUACGGCAUAG